AUGCCUCCCGAGUGUAACAAGCUGAGCCUAUACACCGAGAAGGCUUACCAGAAGCAGCCCACCAUCUUCCAGAACAAAAAGCGUGUGUUGGCUGCUGAAGGUGCCAAGGAGGCUAAAGAAAAGGUAACCCGCUGCUACAAAAAUGCCGGGCUUCGCUUCAGAACCCCAAGAGCGGCUAUUGACGGCACUUACAUUGACAAGAAAUGCCCCUUCACUGGAAACGUCUCCAUCCGUGGCCGUAUCCUCUCAGGCGUGGUGACCAAGAUGAAGAUGCAGAGGACCAUCGUCAUCAGACGUGACUUCUUUUGA